CUGUGACGUCAUCACCCCUGCGCCGUGUCUAGUGUAGCUCGUCACAUGUUUUGAAGCCUCUCUGUCUCUGUCUGUGCUGCUCAUAAUUCAGUCUCAGUUCAGCGUUUUCUCGGAAUAUUGUGGGGAAAUGUCGUUUUUAGAGGACGAAAGCUCAGACGGCGGCGCCGGGGCCCGCGCGCAGCUAGAGAGCUAUGUUUUUAGCUGUGAAUUAUCCUCUGAAGUACCGUUCUACACUUUUCAAGGGGAUGAGGAGGAGGACCUGGAGCAUUUUCUCGAGCUCAGGACGAUCUGCCUCGGUGAGGGAGCUAAGGAGGAGAAUAACGUGGUGGAAGUCACUGCUAUGAACCAUCAAGGAAAGAAAAUAUCAGUGCCUGUAGCAAAUCUCCACAUAUCCUGUCUUCCCAUGGUUAGCUUGGGAGAAUUUGAGUUGAUGGCUCCUGUGACACUUCGCCUAAAAUCUGGAAGUGGGCCUGUGACUGUUAGUGGACUGCACCUUGUAGCUUCAGAAAAUGAUGAGGAGGCGGAAGCGUCUGAUGAAGAUGAGGAUUCUGUGGAGGAAAUGCCCUCUAUUAAGCCAGCCAAGAAGAAACAGAAACUGUAGAUUCACCUUUUAUGAAGAUCAUGAAGUUUUAUAGAACAUGCUAUUCAAUAAACUGUUUCCACUCACAGUUACAAUGGACAGCAGAACCGAAAUCUGAGGCUUGGAUCUUUUUGUCAGUUUUGACAAAUAUUGGAAAUUGAGACUCAUUAUAACCAGCUGUGAUUCCUUUGGUCAAAAAUAUUUUUAUUAUGUAAUAUUUUGGAGUUUAGUUUCAAAAUAUCGUUAUUGCCAUGUUUGUGUUUGGAGUCACUAAUUAAAGUUCUCAAGUUUAGUAUACAGUAGAGAUUCCUUAUCCUAGCAUGCUUUAUAAAUUCAGUUUAAUUCUUUGCCUUGUUUUUUCCCAAAAAAAGAACAGCCACAACAAAUUCUACAUUUGUGCAUAAAAUAUUUUGGAAUACGAUUUUACUGCAUUGUGUAUUUGUUUACUUUUUUGAGGGACUGUCAUGUUAAAAGUAAUGUUUUGUGUAUUUUUUGGUUCACCACUAGUCACCAACCAAGGUGCACAAUACUCUGUUCACCAUGGUACAUUCCACCUGUGCUACUGUUUUGUAAUUACUCACUUUACAAGUUUAAAUAGGAAAAAAACUUCUUAUUGUAUCUUUUAUAGUCGGGCACUCUGUUUUUGCCUUAAAUGGAGUCACCAGCAGUGAUUUCUGCAGUUGUGCAUGCAUGGCUUAGUUUUUAGUUCUUUUGAAAGGCUGAUGUGGAGGAUGGGUUUUGAAUGGAGCAUUUUUAUUGUAUUAUUUCUUUUUUUUAUUUUACAUUUAUAGAUUUUAUGAAUAAAUCUCUCUCUGUUUACCA